GUGUGUCAUGUGAUAGUCUUUAUCCUUUCUCGUUCACGAAGUCAACAUCGUCGCCGAGAAACUAAAUUAAAUUCUAGUUAUUUGAACAAAGCAGAACAAACGUCAAACUAACGAAAUUUUUCCUUGAAUAAGAAACUUCCACCAUGGAAACUUUUUAAUUCCAACUCAUCACAAAGCGUAUCUGCAGGAAUCUAACAUGAAAGUGAAAAACAAAGAAUAAGUGUAGAUAGUUUUAAUUUCAUAAAGGAAACCUUUUAGUUUUCACAAUGGAAACUUACUUAAACGAGCCGGAUGUUUUUGACUAUGUUACCUUCGCUACAAUACUGAUUGGAAUACUCUGUAACAUUUUAAUCAUCGACACGAUUAUUCACAAACUGGCAUUACGUAGCAGUAUGCGAUUGAUAAUUUUAUCAUGGGCAAUAUGUGAUUUAUUCUAUUUAUUCAACACAACCGGGUUUUUACAUUUUUUACUCCGAUCGUUUGGUUUACAUGUUACAUCCGAAACCAAGCUGUUCAUUUUCCAACCACACCUUUUGGAAGAAUCAGCAAGCAGCUUAUUACUUCAAAUGAACUGUUUGAUACUAAUGUGGCUGCUCGCUUUCUCGUCAGCUAAUGAGAAUCAUACAACUGCGCAGAACUUCGUCCAAUGGUUUAUAGUUAUAGCAUUCAUCAUCAUAGACCUUUUGAUUGUUUUUCUCAACUACGAUCUUUCAAAUCACCACAUUGACGUGAUACGCCGCGGUUACAUCUCCCUAUUGGUUCUGUUACUGCUCGUUAAUGAAUUUCACUAUUUUCAAUUGAUGUGCAACGAUGAUUCAGACAUAGACAUAGUACUAAUGAAGCAGUUAAAGAUAAAUAUCAUACGUGUAUAUGUUUAUAACUGGUGCUUCGUGUACUUCAUGAGGUACGUCGCAGCUUACGGUUUUCAUGAAGCAGUUUCGGGUCAGACGGCAACGAAAUAUUUCUACGCGUUCACAAUUUGUUUAACUUUGACUGCGUUCCUCACAGGCUUUUAUGUAUUGAUCCAUUUGCUGUGCAAUGAUAUUGCCUUCCGGAAGUGUUUUAUCUGUUCGUGUACAUCACUGCGGCGAGGUGAUUCCAUCAACGCAGAUCCAAAUGAGUUAAGCGCUAUUAUUACAGGCGCUAGGUACCAUUAUUUGUAUCAUAGAACUGAAGUUAUGUAGAUUUAGUAAAUUAUAUCGUAGCAUGAAUAAUAAUGAGCGUUGUUUUAAGUUGUUUUGAUUGUAAUAAACUUAAUAUUACGGUUUAGUA